AUGAAUUUCAUACCCUGUAUAAAUUUCCAGCCAAGACUCACUUAUCUAUCUUUUAUGGAGCUAGAUAGAUGUCUGGAGCUGCUUUAUGCUGGCCAAUUGUUGCCUGAGGCGACAUUAAGGGCACUCUGUUUCAAACUGAAGGAGAAACUGGUGAAAGAGUCUAACGUAGUACAUAUUUCGACACCUGUGACGGUCGUAGGCGAUCUGCAUGGUCAAUUCCACGAUCUUUUGGAGAUUUUCGAAAUUGGCGGCGCAGUCCCCAAUACCAACUAUCUUUUCUUGGGCGACUACGUCGAUAGAGGCCUUUACAGCGUCGAAACAAUUUCGUUGCUAAUUGUACUAAAGUUAAGGUACCCUAACAGAGUGCAUCUCCUACGCGGAAACCAUGAGUCUCGACAGAUUACACAGAGCUACGGAUUCUAUUCGGAGUGUCUGAAUAAGUAUGGUGGUGCCAGUGGUGUAUGGCAAUGUUUCACUGACCUUUUUGACUAUCUGGUGUUGUGUUGCAUAAUUGACAAUGAGCUGUUUUGUGUUCAUGGCGGACUUUCACCGAAUGUACAGACCAUUGAUCAAAUCAGAAUUAUUGACCGCUUUCGAGAGAUACCACACGACGGAGCUAUGGCAGAUUUGGUAUGGUCCGAUCCGGAAGACUCCGCUGGUGACGCAAACAGCCCCAGCUCUACUUCUACAACAACGCAUUUCCAAGUUUCACCACGCGGUGCGGGCUAUACAUUUGGCCGGAGCGUCGUGGAAAAGUUUUUACAGCUCAACGGAAUGUCCCGCAUCUACAGGGCCCAUCAACUGUGCAACGAGGGAUACCAGGUUUAUUUUGGUGGUCUUGUUACAACAGUGUGGUCCGCUCCCAACUACUGCUACCGCUGCGGCAACAAAGCCUCCAUAUUGGAGCUUUAUGACAAGGAUCACAGCUACUUCAACGUUUUCGAAGAAGCUCCGGAGAAUAAGCUUCUAAAUAAUGCAGCGACUGCCCCGAAUGGCACUUUCUUGCGGGACUAUUUUGAUGAAACGGUGGGGCCCGUAGAUGUGUUUUCGGAUGAAUACCAGGUAGCCUCGGCGUCAAAGAGACAUGUAGAAUAUUUUCUGUGA